CUUGGCCCCAUCUCUGAUUUGUCCAUCCUGCCUCUGCUGCUGUCGCAUCUCUCCUGCUUCUAACACUGCGAGAUCUCACCAGCAGGAUGCCUGAGCAUGUGCAAGAGAGGAAACCAAAGAUCUCAGCUUCAAGGAAGCUGAUGCUCAAGAGUCUGAUGGUGGCGAAGGCCAAGGAGGAAUUGGAACAGGAGAUCCUGGUUAAAGAAGAGGAGAAACAGAAGUAUCUGGCGGAGAGAGCUCCUCCUCUGAACACCAGCGGCCUGAGCCUUGCACAGCUACAGGAUCUCUGCAGAGAGCUCCAUGUCAAGGUAGAUGUUGUGGAUGAGGAGCGAUAUGACAUUGAAGCCAAAGUCAUGCUCAACACACGUGAGAUUAAAGACCUGAACAUCAAGGUGCUGGACCUCAGGGGGAAAUUCAAGAGGCCUAAUCUUCGACGCGUUCGUGUGUCUGCUGACGCCAUCCUUCGUUCACUGCUGGGCUCCAAACACAAAGUCUCCAUGGACCUCCGGGCCAACCUCAAGUCUGUCAAGAAAGAAGACACUGAGAAGAAGAGGCCAGUUGAGGACAGUGACUGGAGGAAGAAUGUGGAGGCCAUGUCAGGGAUGGAGGGGAGGAAGAAGAUGUUCGAUGCUGCUAAAGGUCCAGCCCAGUGAAGCCAGAAGGUGACGGGCUGGUGUCACGUGAGCGAGGCCACUCCUCCUGCAUCUGCUCUAUUGCAGCUUCUGCAUGUCAGCCUAAUGCUGUCAUUCUUAUGUAUGCUCCUGCAAUGGAGGUGUGAAGAUGUCCCAACACUCCCCGACGUUUGCUGUUAAAAAUGAUUUUAUCUAUGUGCCAUGUGUUAUUAAUUUACUCUCAUAACUGAUAUUACACCUGAAGCCCAGAGAUUUUGGCAUAUAUUUGGAAAGCAAAGUCAAAAAAUGCAGGUUUGUAUCUCCAGAAGACUAAUGUGGAUUGUACGCUAACCAGCAGGCCAAAUUAUAUUCAAGCCAAGAAUAAUAUGACCUGGUCAAAUGAAACUGCAUCUUGUAUUCUUGCUUGCUCUGAGCAUGACCUGUGUUUUUAUGAACUGUAACAAAAUGUUUUGCACUGCAUCAGCUGGAUUUUUAUGGAAACUGUCACAA